AUGUCAUUCUUCCUCGUCUUAUUUUACUUGUCUUUGUUCACUGCAGUGCUUGGAUUACAAAGUGAUGACUGUAAGCCCACCAGAUGCAAGAAACACGGGCCUAAGAUUCAGUUUCCUUUCAGGAUAAAAGAGCGAAGCCCGGAAUACUGUGGGUAUCGAGGUUUUGAAGUGUUUUGCGACGAGACACACGAGACUAUGCUUCUACUGCCAUCCUCUGUACAAGUUGUAGUAAAGGACAUCGACUAUGUUACUCAACAAAUUCAUCUUUAUGAUCCUGAAAAAUGCCUCCCCAGAAAGCUACCACAGCUAAACUUAUCGUCGUCCCCAUUCUUCCCAGAUUACUACCACAAUUAUACCAUGUAUAAUUGUUCUGCACCUUCGAAAAGCCUUUGUGGCUUCCCAAUUCCUUGUCUUGAUGAUUCCCGAUAUCAUCAUAUUUUUGUCGUUGAUAGUUAUGAAAAUGUGGGUUAUUGUUCAUUGGCUUCUUGUACCCAAAUACAUGAAUAUUCCCUACAAUUAUACCCUGUCUCUACUUCGAUGAGUGGUGAAAAUUCCUUCCAUCUGAACUGGUUUGAACCUGCAUGUGGUGGCUGUGAAGCUAAAGGACAGAGAUGCAAAUUAACAAGUACUAACAGACGUCAAACUCAGUGUGUUGAUAUUGACAAACCCAAAAAGAAGGGAGCAUCAAAUGGCCCACUGCUUGGAGGUGCUUUAGGAGGUACUUGCCUUGUGGCAAUACUCGCAGCUCUUAUCCUUCUUUACAUCUCAAUUACAUCAGACAGAGAGAACCACAUCAAGAUCGAGAAGUUUCUAGAAGACUAUCGAGCCCUCAAGCCCACCAGAUUCUCCUACUCCGACAUCACAAGAAUCACUCGUAAAUUCAGCGAGAAACUCGGCGAAGGAGGCUACGGAACCGUUUACAAGGCCAAACUCUCCGACCAAAUACACGCCGCCGUCAAACUUCUCCACCACUCAAAGGGCAACGGCGAAGAGUUUGUGAACGAGGUCAGCACAAUCGGCAGAAUCCACCACGUCAACAUCGUCCGUCUCCUCGGUUUCUGUGCCGAGGGCUCCAAACGGGCCCUCGUCUACGAAUUCCUCCCCAACGACUCCCUCGAGAAGUUCAUCUUCCGCUCCUCGUCGAGAGCAUCCCUCGGCUGGCCUAAGCUCCGGGACAUUGCCCUCGGCAUAGCCAGGGGUAUCGAGUACCUGCAUGUUGGCUGCGACCACCAAAUCUUACAUUUCGACAUAAAGCCGCACAACAUAUUGCUCGACAGGAACUUCGGGCCCAAGAUAUGCGAUUUUGGGCUUGCAAAGCUCUGCUCCAAGGAGCAGAGUGGAGUGACGAUGACGGCUGCUCGGGGGACCAUGGGCUACAUUGCUCCCGAGGUGCUGUCGAGGACUUUUGGGAGGGCUUCGUAUAAGUCGGAUGUGUACAGCUUCGGGAUGAUGGUGCUGGAGAUGGUCGGGGGAAGGAAGAAUAUGGACCCGAACGUGGACACGAGCCAAGUGUAUUUUCCUCAAUGGGUUUACAAUCGUUUGGAUUCGGAUUUUGGGGAGGAUUUCUGGGCUCGGGUGGAGGAAGGGGAGGAUGGGAAUGUGGCGAGGAGGCUGACUAUUGUGGGGCUGUGGUGCGUACAGUGGAGUCCGAACGAUCGUCCGUCGAUGAAAGAGGUUGUUGCAAUGUUGGAAGGAAGUGAGGAGAGUCUCGUGAUUCCUCCGAACCCGUUUGCUGAUAACGAUGCUAGAAACUCGGUUGGGCGCAUGAUUCCGGGAAGGCGGCAGCAGCAUCAUCGGAUAGAGUUGGCCGCCGUGCAAGAAACAGAGUAUUUUAGUGCCUAA